AUGAGUUUUCAUUAUGCAUCGAAACAUGGAAUUGCCAGGGAAUCGAAUUAUCCUUACGCUGGAAUUGUGCAGAGAUGUCGAUGGAAUCAACAAAUAGCUUUAGCUAGAAAUAAUGGCUAUAUGGAAGUACAAUCGGGCAAUGAAUUAGCACUUCAACGUGCAGUGGCCGAAUAUGGACCUGUUACUGUUGGAAUUCCCGGAUAUCAUCAUACUUUCCAAUUUUAUAAAUCCGGUAUUUACGCUAGACCAGGUUGUAAUAAUCCUGAUCAUGCUGUACUGGUUGUCGGUUAUGGGACACAUAGGACUUAUGGAGAUUAUUGGAUUAUUAAAAACAG